GGUGGCAGGCAGCGUGCGGAGGAAAGGGAGCGGAAGGCCGCGCUGUCGCGGCGCCGCCGCGCCUUCUGCAGUGUCGCGGCCCCGGCUCCUCCCCGCCCGGCUGCCGCGGUGGUCUCGGCCGCGCGGGGCGGGCCUGCCGCCGUUCCCUAGGUGAGCGCGUUCCGUGCCCCGCCCGCCGCGGCCUCGUCAGCGCUGCCAGCGUGGAGCCGGCCGGGGCUGAGGCGGAAGUGCCCGGCGGGGAGGCGGUGCGCAGCGGGGACCCCGCCGGCUAUGGACGCCUCUCUGGAGAAGAUGGUUGACCCUACUCUGGCAGAAAUGGGGAAGAAUCUGAAUGAAGCAAUGAAGAUGCUAGAAGACAAUCAAAGAAAAGUAGAGGAGGAAAAUGAAAAGAAGUAUGCACGGAAGGAUAUUCCUGGACCACUCCAAGGCAGUGGCCAGGAUAUGGUGAGCAUACUUCAGUUGGUUCAGAACCUAAUGCAUGGAGAGGAUGAAGAGGAGACAUCACAGGCCUACAGGCUUCAAAAUGUUGGUGAACAGGGUCACAUGGCUCUACUGGGACACAGUUUGGCUGCUUACAUCUCAGUGCUGGACAGGGAAAGACUGAGAAAACUUACAACAAGGAUCCUUUCUGAUACUACUCUCUGGCUCUGCAGGCUUUUCAGGUAUGAAAAUGGAUCAGCAUAUUAUCAUGAAGAUGAUCGUGAAGGUCUUCUAAAGAUCUGUCGACUUGUUAUUCACACACGCUAUGAGGAUUAUACAAUAGAAGGAUUUAACGUGCUCUAUACUAAGCAGCCCGUCAUAUACAUUAGUUCUGCAGCUAGAACAGGCUUGGGCCAAGCUCUCUGCAAUCAGCUGGGGUUACCCCUUUCGUGCAUGUGCCGUGUGCCUUGUAACACUAUGUUUGGAUCUCAGCACCAAAUGGAUGUUGCUUUGCUGGACAGAGUGAUUAAAGAUGAUGUUGAGUCUGGAAAACUGCCUUUGUUGCUUGUGGCCAAUGCUGGAACACCAGGUGCUGGGCACACAGAUAAACUUGGCCGCCUGAAGGAACUCUGUGAGCAGUAUAAUAUGUGGCUCCAUGUAGAAGGCGUGAAUUUGGCAACUUUGGCUUUGGGUUAUGUCUCCUCUUCUGUACUGGCUGCUACAAAAUGUGACAGCAUGACUCUUACCCUGGGCUCCUGGCUGGGUCUCCCAGCUGUACCUGCAGUGACACUUUACAGGCAUGAGGAUCCAUCUUUGUCCUUAGCAGCUGGGCUGACAUCGAGCCAGCCCGUAGAGAAGCUCCGGGCACUGCCACUGUGGCUCUCCCUGCAGUACCUGGGCCACGAUGGGAUUGUGGAGAGGAUUAAGCAUGCCUCACAACUAAGUCAAAGGUUGCUGGAAAACUUGAAAAACCUGGAUUUCAUUAAAACUUCGGUUGAAGAUGAACUGAGUUCACCAGUGGUGGUUUUCAAGUUCUUCCAGGAGUAUUCAAAUAGAGACCAAACCUCACAUGCUGCACAGGCCUCAACUAUUCAGCACCCCAUCAUAAGCAACGAAAGACACGUUUAUGACGCUUUCAAUCAGUGGGUAGGAGAGCAGCUGGCACAGCUGGUUCCUGCCAGCGGAGUCGAUGUGGUGGAACUGGAAGAUGAAGGCACGUGUGUGCGGUUUAGCCCACUGAUGACCUCUGCAGUUUUAGGAACCGAAAUACAAGAUGUUGAUCAGUUAGUAGACUGCUUAAAAAUGAAGAUACCAGUUCUGACAAGUACACUGCAACUGAGAGAGGAAUUUGAGCAAGAAGUGAGAAGAACAGUAGGCUUGUUGUACAUUGAAGACCUCAGCUGGCCAGGACUGGGUGUUGUAAGGUACAACUAUCACAGUGAUGGGAAGAAUGGUGACAAACAAGAAAAAGAACUAGAAAAGAUCAAUACAGAGCUUCUGAAAAAACUGAAUGAACUGGAGUCGGAUCUUACGUUUUCUUCGGGUCCUGAAUUCGGUGGGCAGAAGAACUGUGUUUACAUUGGCAUGGUGACUGAGGAUCUGGAUGUGGCUGAGUUAGUUGAAACUAUUGCAGCAACAGGCAGAGAAAUUGAAGAGAAUUCAAGACUGUUGGAAAAUAUGACUGAAGUGGUCAGAAAAGGGAUACAAGAAGCUCAACUCCAGCUUCAGAAAGCCAAUGAAGAACGGCUCCUGGAAGAGGGGCUGCUACGACAAAUACCUGUCGUAGGCUCUGUGCUGAACUGGUUUUCUCCAUUCCAAGCCUCUCCGAAGGGAAGAACAUUUAACUUAACAGCAGGCUCUCUGGAAUCCACAGAAUCCACAUACGUAUCCAAAGCCCAAGGAACAGGCACUACUCCACCACCAACUCCCACUUCCAGCCUUGCAAAGCAAAGACUUCCUGGGCAGAAAAUCUUCAAAAGGUCUCUAAGAAGCUCGGAUGCGUUCAGUGAGACCAGUUCUGUCAGCCACUGUGACGACCUGGAGAAGAUGGAGCAGAGAGGCCCAGCUCUGUCCCCCGGCCCAGAGCCAGGACCUUUGGAGGCAGGAAAGGCAGAGGAGCAGCAGGAGGUGGCCCAGGCGGCACCAGCAGAGGCUGUGGACAUUCCGAGUGACCAACCGGCACACGACGGCUCCGAGGGAGAGGAACAAGGGCGUCGGAGAUAGAAUCCCGGGAUGGAUGUCAGACUGUGCGGACAAGCCCGUGCCUGGGGCAGGGUGGCAAGGGCGCAGUGAGACGGGACCAGCGCCACACCCCAGUACAGGAACAACUGCUGUCACUUAGGAACUGGGGGUUUGCACAAAUAGAAAUUCCCCCCGUGGGACAGAGACUUGUUGUACACUCGCUUUAAUCCUCUACAUGUCAGUGUCACCAAAGUACUAGUGCAAUUUAUUAAGUGCUCAUCAACAUGUGUGAAAGCCAGGGGCAGUGACCCUUCCUGUAGGAAUCUAAGCAUGCUAAUAGUUGCUAACGAGCCCAUCAGCCAUACACCCCAUGAAGAAUACACCUGCACCCAGUAAUUAUGAAAUGAUCUUAUGUUCAUAUACUUUAAAAACAAAUCAACUGCCAAUCGUUCACCUCUUUAAAAUUCACUUUAGCCUCUCCUGUGAAACAUCUGUGGAACUCACACCAGCUCUGGUUUGCUGCUUUUUUUUACCAUUGAACCUUCCCAGGCCCUUGUGGGGCUGGCCGAGGGGACGGAACAUGCAGCUCCCUCCUGGUGGCCACUGAGCCCCUCCUCCAUGGGGACAAAGUAACCAGUUUGGAGCCUCUCGGACAGAUGGUGCCUCUGCCCCCUGCGGCUGGGGCUUCUGCCACUGGGAAGGAGCCCCAGCACACCCUUCCUUGCCUUUGCACGCCAGUUACAUGCCAAAUGCUAUUGCACACGUUCAUGUAGUGUAACUGCAGUUCUUUCUGUUGUGUAUUUUUAAAGAUAGUUGUAGUAAAGCUUGGACAAACCAAUACAUUUGUGAUGGUUUCAACACUUAUUUUUGGAAUAACAGUAACUUACCUAUGGUAGGAAUUGUACAGACUCAAAUGAUAGAGAUUAUUUACACUACAGCACAACUUUAUGUCAAGGACUACUUACCGCAGGAGCCAAGCUCCGGGUCAGUCAAAAGCUAACGUGUCCAUGUCUCCCCCACUAAACAUUCCUAAUCACUUUCCUUCAAGUUUUCAGAGGCUGCUGUGGGAAGGAGCCCUGGGACAGUUUGCUGGCCCCCUGGCUGGCUGACUGCAAAAGCCAUCCCAGCCCUAGAGACCUGGCUACAAGCACAGGAGUUGGCUUCACCAGGGCUUUGGGUUUUUUACCUUCCCCCUGCAGGGGCUGCAGUGGCAGCAGGCCUUGCUGAGAGUAGCUGAGAACUCUGGGGUUUUGGAAUUGUACAGUCACUUGAUUUGACUUUCACCUUCUAGAUGCCGUGGGCUGGGAGGACAGGAACAAGGUUAAUUUUGCUGUUGGGGUAAUUAAUUGGUGUAAAUCGAGUGCAAUUUUUUUCUUAAGUGCAAAACUAAUGAAGUUGACUGGUCUUCCUGGGUGGUUCCUUUGGUGCAAUGAAGUUUGUUACUGAGAGUGAUUCGCUGGGGAUGAAGUUCUCCCCACAAGGAUUAAUUUUUAAUGUUUUUUAUAUUUUGGAAGUGUUAAAGCAGUAAGUUUUGUUGGAAUGAGCUUCAUUCUUUAGAUACUCUCUGAAUGUUUCAAUAAAGAUUCUUCAAAUUA